AUGCCACGAAAGCUAAGGGCGGCCGCCCAGGCGGCUGCAAAGUCGAUAAAAAAUGUACCUUCAAUUCCAGAUGGGUCUGAUGAGGAGAUGGUCGACGCCCCUUCCUCUCAACCCUCCUCGCCUGUAGCUGAAUCAGAAGACUCCCCCGAGAAAGAUCCCGACGUCGAACUCGAGGCUGAACCCGAACCUGAACGCGAACCUGAACCUGAACCUCAACCUGAACCUGAACCUCAACCUGAACCUGAACCUGAACGCGAACCUGAAGCCGAAUCUAAAGCUGAAAGCGCAGAAGUCCAGGCUGCUGAAGCACCUGCUACAUCCAAACCAGAGGAGCAAUUGAGUGUUGCGACCCCAGCAGAAGACUCAAUCAUUCCCGACACAGACAACACACCUUCCUACGGACCUGGCCGCCCAUCACUUCCGCCACGCGGCAAGCGUCGCAUUGGUCGCCCGCCCAAGAACCCUCGGCCUGAAUGGGAUCCUGCCGACGGCGAGCAACCACUUCGAGUCUCUACUCCAGUCAAAAGACGUCGCGGCCGGCCUGCUGCUAGCGGUGGACGUUGGGCACGCAACCGCGGCCCCUCCCAUCUCACCCAGGUGCCCGUCGAUAAGGAAGGAAACAUGAUGGAUGUCAUCAACGACGAAGUGUCGAUUCCCCCCGACCCAAUCGGCGCUACUAAGGUCGACGAGAAUGGCCACCUACAAGGCGGACGCGAGUAUCGAGUCCGUACAUUCAAGAUCCUUGGUCGCGGGGACCGCCUCUACAUGUUGUCGACUGAACCGGCUCGCUGCAUUGGCUUCCGUGACUCGUACUUGUUUUUCCAGAAGCACAAGAUGCUGUACAAGAUUAUCAUUGAUGAUGACGCCAAGCGUGAUUUGAUUGAGCGCGACCUCAUCCCCCACUCUUACAAGGGACGGGCCAUUGGUGUUGUCACCGCACGAUCAGUGUUCCGUGAGUUCGGCGCAAAGAUUAUCGUCGGCGGCAAGAAGAUCAUCGACGACUAUGACGAAGCUGCUGCUCGCGAGCGCGGCGAUGUGGAGGGCGAGCUGGCCGUUCCGGAAGACAGAUUGCCCGGACCUGGAGAAACCUAUAACAGGAAUCAGUAUGUCGCCUGGCACGGCGCAAGCAGUGUUUAUCAUACAAACGCGCCCGCGGUCCCGCUUGUUGGUGGGAAGCCAGUUGAUACCAAGAAACGGCGUGUGCCAGUCACUGAUGACAACUGGAUGCUUGAGCACGCCCGUGCUGCAAGCAACUUUAAUUCAAAGCUCGCCGAAUCGCGUCGUGCGAAUUUGGGUGGUGUGUACGAUGUCCACACAAAUAUUAUGCAGCACCCGAAGAUCAUGCAGCCAACCCACGCCCGCUGGGAGCGGGUUGCCCCAGCUCCGGCGUCCGCCCCGACCGAGUUGACGACUAACAUGAACUCAUUGAACCUCUCCAACGGAGGCUCUCCUUCCGACCAUGAAAAUCAGACCUCCCACGAAACCCAGGAAGCGCACAAGGCUGCCACUGGUGAACCCUCUACCGAAAACACCGCCACUACCUUUUCCCCUGUUCCCACUUAUAUCCACGACCGCUAUGUCAUCCAGGACAUUGUCUACGAAUCCCCGCCAUACUCAAACAUGGGCGUCCCGGGCCCUGAUGGUGAUGUGCACGAUAUUGGCCCCAACGGCCUGGUCAGCGUCGCCAACCCAGAACAUCCCGAGUUCAUGACUCCAGAGAUUCUCCAGUUGCUUCCGCCCGAGUGCAAGGAAGCUCUCAUUGACGCUGCGGCACAGGAGGUCGAAUGGAAGUCCAAGUGGACUAUCGAGACCAAGGACGGCGAGCGUACCCAGCCAACCAAGAGCUAUGCCUGGUACCCGUAA